GGCGCGGCUUUCCCCCCACCCCCGCCCGGGUCCGCUGCUCGCCCUUCCCGCGGCACGGUAGUGGGGCUCGAGAAAGCCGAGGCGCGAGUGGCGGGAGUAAGAAGAGGGAGUGCGGAGUCUGGUUCUGGAGCGGUGGGAGCCGGUGGGAGACCGGCGUGGAGGGCUGGAGGUGGCGGGGCCCCGCGAGGACGCGAUGAAGCCAAGCCUCGAGGACCCGGCGGCGUCCGCCGGGGGCCCCUGGGAAGAGUGCUUCGAGUUGGCCGUGCAGCUGGCGCUGCGGGCGGGACAGAUCAUCAGAAAAGCCCUUUCUGAGGAAAAGCAGGUCUCAACAAAAACAUCCGCUGCAGAUCUGGUGACAGAAACGGACCAGCUUGUGGAAGACUUAAUUAUUUCUGAGAUGCAGAAGAGGUUUCCUUCGCACAGGUUCAUUGCUGAAGAGGCCGCGGCUGCAGGGGCCAAGUGCGUGCUCACCCCCAGCCCCACCUGGAUUAUCGACCCCAUUGACGGCACCUGCAACUUUGUGCACAGAUUCCCAACCGUGGCCGUCAGCAUCGGAUUUGCUGUGAACCAAGAGCUUGAGUUUGGAGUGAUUUACCACUGCACGGAGGAGCGGCUGUACACGGGCCGGAGGGGCCGGGGCGCCUUCUGCAAUGGCCAGCGGCUGCAGGUCUCCGGGGAGACAGAUCUUUCCAAGGCCUUGGUUCUAACAGAAAUCGGUCCCAAGCGUGACCCCGCUACUCUGAAACUGUUCCUGAGCAACAUGGAGAGGCUACUCCACGCCAAGGCUCACGGGGUCCGAGUGAUCGGGAGCUCCACCCUGGCGCUCUGCCUCCUGGCCUCAGGGGCUGCGGACGCCUAUUACCAGUUUGGCCUGCACUGCUGGGACCUGGCUGCCGCCACCGUCAUCAUCAGAGAAGCAGGAGGCAUCGUGAUGGACACGUCAGGCGGACCUCUCGACCUCAUGUCCUGCAGAGUGGUUGCUGCGGGCACCCGAGAAAUGGCUACGCUCAUAGCUCAGGCCUUACAAACAAUUAACUAUGGACGGGACGAUGAGAAGUGAAAGGGAGCAGAGACGAGAAAUGCGCCCUCGGGACUGGCUUUCCUGGGAAUGCUGCGGCCGGCAGCGGAUCCCUGGGGGGGACCGCCUUGAGCAGCCCGCACUCGCGUCAAGUUCCU